AUGGCCUCCUACGCAUCCUUCACGACGAGCGCCGUGCCGCCUACCCUUCUACCCGCGGAUCCCAAGUCUCUCUCGCGCUACCUCCGCUCCCAGCAACUCUCUGCGCUUCGACACCUCUACGAGCACAAGACGCUGGCCGUCACACAACAGAUUGAGGAGCACGCUGCGUCUAUGCGCGGGCGGCAUGGGCGGAUCAGGCGGAGGAGGGGGAGCUCGCCGCUGCUGGACGAGCGCGACCUCGAGGCGGAGGAGGAGGAAGACGAGCUCGAAGUGCGGAAGAAGAUGCGGUAUGAUCCGUCAGAAGAUGAGGACGAAGCUCAGGCGGAUGGCGGGAACGAGGAGGCUGGGGCGGAGGGUACGCCUGGACUCGCCUCGGGUCGCGGUACUCCUGCACUCGAGAAGGGGAAGGACGAGUCGCGCAAGAGGCGCCGGCAAGAGGCUCAGCCCAUCGACCCUGCACACUGCUACGACCUCGUCUUCGACCUCUCGCCCGACUGGUCCGCCGACGCCUACUACCAUGGCCCGCAUCCGCCUCCUCCCGCUCGUGUCGUCCACGCCGUCCUCCGAGCCACUCGCAAGAAGCCUUUCAUCGACCCCGAAGGCCUCUCUGCGGCUCAGCUUGAGUCGCUUGCGGCGCCUCUGUGGGAGACCGAGGGCAAGGGUCUUUCGAUCUUUUUCGGCGAGGAAGGCGGGAAGAAGAAGGCAGAGCACCUCUCGCGGGACCAGGAGCGGGCGCAGCGCGAGGUCAACAUGGAUGCCGCGGAGGAUUGGGAGCUCGCGGUCAUCGCGGGCUUCUCGGCGACCUGCGACGAGCGAGUAGGGAGGAGCUUGGCGCGGAAACCGAUGACGGCGCGCGAGAUGCAGGCGCAGGCGCAAAUGCAGGCAGCGCAAGCGGCGCAACAGGCGCAGCAAGCACAACAGCAGCAGGCGACGCCUCAGCAGGCGCAGCAACAGCACCCGACGGCGAAUCGCGCUAUCGGCCAGGCCGGUCACGCGCCUCAACCUCAUGUCGGUGCUAUCCCCGGGUACGGCUUGCCUCCCCAAGUCAGCCCUUAUGGCGACCGCGAGCGGCAUCCGGCGGACCCGAACUGGCGGUGA